UACGCUUCUCCCAUAUGUUCGUGGGAUUCUAGGAUGAGUUUGACGUUUUGCGAAAUUAUUUAGCAGUUUCUUUAACGUUAAAUGCUGUAUGAUUACGUUUGCAGAACGUUAUUAUUUACAAGAAAUAAAGAAAUCCAAAGUUAGACGAGACCUUUCCUGUGUGAAUUAUUUCGCUGAAAAAUACUGAAUCUCAUUUACAAGGAUGAAUUCUAUAGAAAAGAAGUGUUGUCCAUUUAUGGAGAAAUGUUAUCGGAAAAAUCCGAUUCACUUCAGCGAAAUGUCACAUCCUCAUUUGGAGGAAUUAUUGGUUGAUCAGCUGGACGGUACGAUAGAAAUACCAGAGGUGCUUCACUUCACGUGUAACGAUCGUUCACAAUUGUUGGAUCAAUUGAAAGUAUUACAAAUGGUGCUCAGAAAGGAGAGAGACAAAAGCAAGGACAAUCAGCUGUCCGUAACUGGCUGUUCAUCUUCUAAAACACAAGCUUCGUCUACCGUUACGUCGAGUACUAAAGAAGACUUGAAGGAAAAAGUGGAGAGACAUAAGAAAACAGCAGUACAGAGGAGGCAAGAUAAACUCAAGCAGAUGGAUGCAGAAGCUCAGGCACUCUCUAGAGCUUUGAGCGGCGAGGAACAUGAGAAUUCGGAAAGCAUCAAGACGAAAAAGCGAAGUCUGGAGACGUCAGAAGUCAGCUCUUCGGUUACAAAAAAGAUGAAACAGAUGAGCAUAGAAAGCAGCAAUCGCGCUAAGGAUCGGCAGAGUAUCGGCGACACUCCAUGCAGUUCUAGGAGCAGCGAGCAAGAUAAAAGUUCAGGAACGUCUAUUAUGGAUAUGUACCAAGCUUGCGAUUCCGAAAAGUCAAGAAAGGAAGUCAGAAAGAGGGCCAUUCAGAUGAUGAGACAAUCCGGGUACACGGUGUCCGUCGUGGAGCCAGGAGAGUUUGCGAUAAAAUAUGCCUUUUCAGCACCUUACCACAUAUUCUUCACGAGAGUCGAGAAUUCCAAGGAGACCUACAGUCAACAGUUCUCCAUAACUUUCCCUGAGAUUCUCGACCGUAGUCUUGGAGAAAUUGUUAACAGUCUUCACUUAAAUUUCAUGGUAGACGUCGGGUGGUUGUGCCUGCAGUAUCUGUUGGCUGGCCAACGUACUGACAUGAUGAUUCUGUACGGCGACAGAGUGGAUCAUGAGAAAUUGAGUAGCAACAUAACCAUGAUAAAAGUAGACAUGCCGACCAAGUUUGGCUGUCAUCAUACGAAGAUCAUGUUCCUGCAGUACAAAGAUGAUGGGAUCAGGGUGGUUGUCUCCACUGCCAAUUUGUAUUCUGACGACUGGGAAAACAGGACACAAGGAUUGUGGAUCUCGCCUCACUUGCGCCUGCUACCAGAAUCCGCGAAUCCCAGUGACGGAGAAUCUCCAACGGGUUUCAAAAAGGAUCUCGAGCGAUAUUUGAGUAAAUACAGGCAUCCAGCUCUGACGCAAUGGAUAUGGGCAGUACGGAGGGCGGAUUUCUCUGACGUGAACGUGUUUCUCGUCGCUUCCAUUCCCGGGACGUCUCACAAGGACAACGAAGCCGAUUUCUGGGGGCACAAGAAAUUGGCGCACGUCCUGUCGCGUCAUGCCACAUUACCGCCAGAUGCCCCUCAGUGGCCUAUAGUCGCCCAGAGUUCCAGCAUAGGCAGCCUCGGUCCGAACUUCGAAAGCUGGUUGUCGAGAGACAUAAUUCCGUGUAUGUCGAGGGAGACUACUAAGGGUUUAAAGAGUCAUCCGCACUUCCACUUUAUUUACCCGUCGAUACAGAAUUACAAGCAGAGCUUUGACUGUCGGAAUUUAUCUUGCUGCUUGCCCUACAGCGCACAAGUGCAUUCUAAGCAACAGUGGAUAGAAUCGUACUUGCACCAAUGGAAAGCCAAGCGAACAGGACGAGAUCGUGCGAUGCCUCAUAUUAAAUCCUACACGAGAAUUUCGCCCGAUUUGAAAAGCAUUCCUUGGUUUGUGCUCACCAGCGCGAAUCUGAGCAAGGCCGCAUGGGGAGUCCAACGAAACAGUCAUUACAUGAUGAACUACGAGGCCGGCAUUGUAUUCAUACCAAAACUUGUCACUGGGACAACGACGUUUCCCAUCCAGGACGAGGAGGAUCCAGCCGUCCCGGUAUUUCCGAUUCCAUACGAUCUUCCGUUGUGCCGAUACGAGUCGGGCGAUAGUCCUUUCGUCAACGAAUAUCUCCACUCUUUAGGCAGAGCGUAAUUUUUCAGCUGAUGACACUAGUAUUUUUCUUACCUUUUUUAAAUGACAGAAUAUUUUUGCAUGCUUGUAUAUUUAUUUACAUGUAUUUUUACAAAAUAAUGAAGCAUUAAAUGUCAA